AUGCAACGACCACGACCAAAAGUGUUUUUUAAAGUGAAUAUUAACGGACAACCACAAGGAACCGUUGUUUUUGAGCUUUUUUCUGAUGUUGUACCCAGAACGGCUGAAAACUUUCGACAAUUAUGUACAGGUGCAGCCGGUUUUGGUUUUCGUGGUUGUCGAUUUCAUCGAAUAAUUCCUCAAUUUAUGGUUCAAGGAGGUGAUUUUGAUCUACAAGAUGGCACAGGAGGUCGAAGUAUUUUUGGCGAAAGUUUUCCUGAUGAAAACUUUCGUUUAAAACACGAUGUUCCAUUUUUAUUAUCGAUGGCAAAUUCAGGUCCAAACACCAAUGGUUCACAAUUUUUUAUAACUGUGGCUCCUACACCAUGGCUUAACGAUAAACACGUUGUAUUCGGUCGUGUUCUUCAAGGUCAAGAUAUUGUCAAAAGAAUGGAAAGCUGUGGUACCGAAGAAGGUACACCACGAGCUAAUGUGGUUAUAGCCGAAUGUGGUCAAAUAUAA